GCCGCCGUCGGCUCGUUGUCUAUUCUCGCGUGCUAUAUCCCGCAUCGAGACACGCGAUCGCCGCCUUUGUUUAUUGUCGUACGCGCGUUUCACUGCAGACCGCCGGCAGCUGUUCCCAGUGCUCGGAUGUUGUGUUGUUAAAUAAACCUAGUGGGUUUAUUCUGUGCAGUUUCAGUUACCAGUGUGAUUCAGCUAGUGCAUUUGUGUAAUCAGCUGUGUGUAGAUGGGGCGUAUGGUGUGCCCCUGAAGUGGCCGGUGCGGUGCGCGCGCCUCCGCAGAGCUCGAAAGCGGGCACUCCACCAUGGCGGCCACGGCUCGCCGUGAGAUAGAUACCGGCGAGGAGGACAUAGCCGCUAUUGCCAAACAGAUUUCCGAUCAUGCUGAAGCCAUUUACCAGACAUGGAAAGCGCGUGGUCUGGCGCCAACUGAAAUUUUGUCGUGUAGGCCCGCACCAGGCAUAAAGCUAGCAGAAAGUUUGCGUACAAAACCUAAACCGGAACCCAAACCAGAGAUUAAGCAGCGGCCGGACUUUAGACGGGAGCAUAGACCAGAAUUGGUCCGUGAACAGCGGCCGGAUGCCAAAAGAGAGCGCCCUGAUACUCGACGUGAGCACCAACCAGAGCCAGAAGGAGAGACGAUUGAGGUGAUAUUACCACCAGACUUAGUCCCUGAAAGAAACGGUACAGGUGGCACCGGCGCAGGAGUGCGUCGAGCAGACCCUGCAGCAAUGCGCUUAGAGGUCGCUCGGGAGGAGGAAAGACUGUUGAGGGCACUGCGUACAGGCGGUGUCGUAGCCGAACGGUCGGCUGAGAGGCCUGACGUAGUUCCUCCGAUAUCGCUUGUGGACUAUGCAAAAAGCCGGUAUCAGGAUAGAUUGGAUACGGGCGCGAGAAAGCCGAUAGCCGGUGCAAGUGGUGAACGUCGUGCUUCCUUAGGGUCUCAUGUUACGGAGGCUCGUUCCAAAUUCGAGGCGCGGGCUCGUCGUGCAUCCAGCGCGGGUGCCGCCGAGACCGCAGCCGGAUCUGGCGUUACGCCUGUGCGCCCUUUUCUCACACGUGGAUCUGUGGCCGAAAGGGUGCUUAUGUUUGAAAAAUGCCCUAGCGAAGCUACUUUGGAAUUAGCUAAAAGAAAGUCACCAGCGGCUACGACCUGGCGAGGACCACACGAUGUCAUCAACAGAGCACAGAAUUAUGCCGCGUCCACACCUUCGAAACCGUCGUCUGCGCCGCCGCAUACGACGCUUCAACGGACUGUGCGAGGGGCUGCGAAUAGCGGCGCACCCUCCCGAGUUAUCCCUAGGUUCCAUUUCCCAAAGGGCAGGCCCCCGCCCGCACACCAGCAGGACCACGCGCUGCAUAAAGUGCAGUCCGCAUUCGCCACAUUUCCAAAUAGUCAAGUACCUCGCGAAAGUUUCAAGCAUAUAGUAAAGGCGUGUGAGUGUCCCCUCUACUGGAAGAUGCCUUUGUUCCUGGCGACGCAGCAGAGCCUACACGCACCCGUCGACGGACACAAGUUCAUUGACUUUUGGAGAGAGAUGACCUCCCAAUGUCACGACCAGGCAUCCCGCUUCGUGUACAUUCUAACAAGAGGGAAGAGCAGCACACUGGCACCUGAGGACUUCGUGCCACUAGUUCAAGAUGUCGUGGAUACGCACCCAGGCCUCUCCUUCUUGAAGGAGGCCACUGAGUUCCACUCAAGAUACGUGCAUACUGUGAUCGCUAGGAUAUUUUACUGUGUCAACCGCUCGUGGUCCGGCAGGAUUUCGAUUGCGGAACUAAGAAGAUCUAAUUUACUUCAAGUUAUACAGUUGCUUGAAGAUGAAGAAGACAUCAAUCAAGUUACACAAUACUUUAGCUACGAACAUUUCUAUGUAAUUUAUUGCAAAUUCUGGGAACUGGACAGAGAUCACGAUUUGUUCAUUGACAGACACGACCUCGCCAGGCACAAUGACCACGCUCUAUCGAGCCGCAUGAUCGAGCGUGUGUUGUCUGGUUGCGUGACACGAGGCAACCAAAACCGACUGACACCCGACGGGGAGCCGAGGAUGUCCUACACCGAGUUCGUGUGGUUCCUACUCGCGGAAGAAGACAAGACGCACCCCACCGCUAUUGAAUAUUGGUUCAGGUGCAUGGAUGUGGACGGCGAUGGAUACAUCUCCAUGUACGAGCUGGAAUACUUCUACGAGGAACAGAUGCAGAGGAUGGAAGCCAUCGGCAUCGAAACGCUCCCCUUCAACGAUUGCUUGUGCCAAAUGCUGGACAUGGUGCAUCCAGCCGUCGACGGCAAGAUCACUCUCUCUGAUUUGAAGAAGUGUAAGCUCACACCGAUCUUCUUCGACACAUUCUUCAAUCUGGAGAAGUACCUGGACCACGAGCAGCGGGAUCCAUUCGCUACUCAGCGGGACUCCGACUGCGAAAUGUCUGAGUGGGACAGGUUCGCAGCCGAAGAAUAUGAACUCCUAGUUGCCGAGGAGGGCGGCAGUGACGCUCAAGACCAAAUCUCAUACGAUGAAACGGAUGAAGACUGUCUAUCGCCAAAUCUAGAUGACAUCACCAGUACAGAAGUUAUUGAAGACUCAAGCGUGGAUGAGUCUACGCUGAGCGAAGGUACCGCGAGUGGGGGCACCGUGCGUCUACGAGACGUUGGCGCCUCGGCCCCUCCCACCACCACCGCCGACGGCUUCGUCAACCUCAGCUCCAUCUACUCCAUAGACAAUAACAGAUGGGGCCAUCAACCAGCAACUAAGAACGGCUUCCCUGAGAAGCGACCAGAAAAACCUGUUCCUCCCGAAAAACCUGUCAGCUUAAUGAUGGUAAACGGAAAAAUGGACAAUAAAUAUGCCGGUUUCGGUAACAAUAGUUUUCUAUACUCUCAUUUGUUGACGGGACGUAAAGACCCCCCCUCGUAUAGUGCAGCCACAAGUGGAAAAGAACUCUUCGAGAAAGAACCAAGGAACUCUACUUCUCCAGUGAAAUCGCCAAUAACAAGCCCCGUGAACGGUGUUAACAAAAUCUCGGACAAUUACGAGCGCGCAGUCGCUGAGAGACUUAGCCCACAAAGGGAGAUAUCGAGACUCAAUCGCAGCAGUCUGUUCAGUAAAGUGAACACUGGCGUUGUUUCCAGCAAAGUCAAGAAGAGUAGUCCAAGAAAUCAAGAUGAAGACGACGAUUAUGCUCGUGACAGUGAUGAAUGUUCUAUUUAGAUAUCGAAAAAAAUCCGCGAUCAAAAUUUACAGUUGACGUCUCCAGUGAACACCAAAGAUGAUAAAAUGUGCAAUUAAAGCGGUAGUUAUCAAUCUUUAGAUUAGGACCGAUACCGUUGUAUUUGAAAGAGUAAUAUUUUUUCAACGUAUCCUAGUGGUCGAUACGUGCCUUGGGACAGUGUAGUCAUGACGAUCCCGCGAUCAUACUUAGAUGAACUAGUGUAAUACGAAUUAGUGGACCUGGUGAUGUGACAUCUCUAGAGCUACAAACACAGUCGCUAGUGCCUACGUAAUUGUAGCGAGUCCAACAAUCGAUUUUAAGUCUUGUGCAAAUUUGAACUUUAUUAUGAUUGUUUCUGAGUUAAUUUACCGUUUAUAGCUCUAGAUGUGGUGGCACAAAAACAAGACAUUGUUUAAAACGUCUCAUAGACUAGUUACAGCAUUUCGUUAGUAUAGUAUAGUAUUUAUGUAUUUACAAGAUUUUUACCAGUGUUGUUUUCAUUAUAGUCGAUAUUAUGUCUCAAAAGAUUUAAGCAUAUCAACAAUAGUGUUCUAAUAUUUUAUUUGCAUGUGUUUACAGAUCUACCUAAGUUUUAUCUUUACUUAGAUUUUAUUGAUCAUUAUUAAGGCCUAUAUUAUUCCGUCAUAAAUCAUUCAUAUCAUCACUCCCUCCAAGCAGAUUUUGGUAUUAAAUAAAACUUAUAUUUAGAUAAUAAUAUGCUCCUACAUGUCUUAUCAACUUGAAUCGCUAGGUAACUGUACGGUACUGUGAUCAAAUUUAAAAUCCUCUCAUAUUAACGCUCUAAAAGAAAAUUAUAUAUUUUGAUCACAAUUUUUUGUAAUUAUACAUACAUACGUGAAAAAGAAUAAUUCAACAGUAUUUUAUAUACUCGUAAUACUAGGUUAGUGCAUUAUUUAGCUUCCAUUCCACGGCUUCGGUGGCCAAGCGGUUUAGUACACCGCUUUACUUCCGAUGGUCGAGGGUUCGAUUCCUCAUACGGUACAAACAUUUGAUUUCAUCUGAAGAGGUUUGCCCGUCUGAAUAAUGCACUAACUAUUUAACUUUUUGCGAUGCUUCUCGUGGGGAUGCAUUUAAUAUUGAUAAAAGAUAAUUUUGUUCUUAGACGUCUAUUAUUUCUUAUUAUUAUCAUUAACAUGCAAUCGUCCACGUCAUGCUUUAUUUGUUUAUUUUAACAAGACAUUAAUCAGUAUAAUAAAACACGCACAGACUAUUAAUUUAAUAUUUAGUAUUAGACGUGUAAUAAAGUAUUUUUAUAGGGACAUGAUACGUCUCGAGUCUAUAUACAUGGCGAAUAUAGGACGGUGUCAAAUUAAUAUAAUUGUAAGUAGUUAGUCUACGAGUUAAUAGAACAAUUCGGAAAUUGUUGUAGAUAAAAUAUAGUUUAGAUGAAAAACAUUUUACAUUCUGUAAGGUUAUGGGCCCAUUUAGUAAGUUCUUACCAGAUAUUAUUGUGUUAAAUAGAUUAGUUCCUGAGAGACGGCCGCAGAAUGCAUAUAUAAUAUUUUCAUAUUAUGUAUACAAUUAUUACUAAUUAUAUACAUAAUAUGAAUUUGGAAUGCUGCUUGGUAUGACCAGAUUAAGACGUACAAUGUGUUUAAUCUGUGUUCUCGCCACAGAGUACUUUAUUACAGAAAUCCGCUAUACAAAUAUGGGUUAUCAUUUACUUUUUUCGUUUUGGCAAGAGGUUGCAACUAUUUAGCAAUAACAAUAAAUAUAUUUAACAUUUAAUCUCUGGUGAUAACUUUACUUAGUCACUAGUCGUGUGACUUUAGUGGCCAUUUGAACACGUAUGUAUGUAGUAACAUAGCAAUGGCAGCUGUAUUAUAUGCUUAUAGAUAAUGCUAGGUAGAUCUUACAUUUUACUCUAGUCUGCAGGUGCUUAACGACGGAGGGUCUACCAUUCAUAUUUGUUUCUACAUAUCUAAUUUCAAAAUUUUAUAUUAGGUACGAAAUAAAAGGGCUGCCAUCUUUGGUACUGGUUUGUAUUUUAAAGU